AACUUAUUAAAUAGGAUUUGCUAUGAACUGAAAGGAACAGUAAUUGAAUCCCAUUGGAAAAUUGAUUCGAACUGCUAACGUAGCGCCCAUGGAGCCGACAACCAGUUAUGGUGCCUCACCUCAAAAAGUUUCGCAGCAACAAGAAGCAGGACCUAGUCGUGUUUCUAUAGUGAAAGAUUCAAUAGCGGCCCAUUCUCCAAGGAAAAAUAACACCCAGGAAGAUGAAGAAGGAAUGAUAGACUCGUUGUCCCCGCCAAAAGCCGCGAGUGAUCAAAACAGCAGAGGACCUAGUGAGAAUAGAGCAAAUGUAGUUCCAUCUAAGCCGAGAGAGAAUUACUGCAUUCCAUGUGAGCUGCAGCUGAACAAUUCAGUGGCGUACAAACAACAUCUGUUAGGGCUCAGACAUGCAAAGCGUGUGGAAGACUUAGGAGAUCAAUCUUCUCAGUCUGAUCCAAUUGACACUGCCCUUGGGGAAUUACAGAGUGCACGACUAGUUUCGUCUCUACAGAGGGAGACAAAUCCAAUCAUCGGACUGGACUGUCUGACGGAGCGCGUGUGCAUCAGUAGACCCAAUGAGGACCCCACAUACUACUGUGACUUGUGUGAUGCCGAGUUCGAGCUGAGAGAUGCGCUACACCAUGUUACAAACACACAGCACAGAUUUCUCUUCUUGAAAGCGACGCGCGCCAGUCUGAUUUCGGAGCUGAUAGACGGAAAUGGGGAGUUGGUGAGCAGUGAGUCUGCACAGUCUCUCAGGGCCAAGUUGAGUGGGGCCAGUGCCAAACUGGAGUCGGAGAUAGGCAGAGGAGCACCCAAAAUCACGCGUGUGGCUUCGAAUACUCUCAGUAACCGAUGGUCUGCUCAGAAGAACCACCCGCGAGUAGCGACAGUCGCCCCUAAUAGUAGACCCUACAACAACAACCACUUCUCGGAGGGAGAAGCUGCCCAUUUCAGGAGGAGACGCAAUCACCCCUAUGAUAGUGCAGGGCAGAUGGGAGGGAGUGGGAUGGGGAGAGGGGGUUUCUUAAAUGAUAGUCACAAUAGAUUCAAUGGACCACCAGAUGACAGGCUUCGAAGACCAGGGAGGUACUUGGAUGUGGAUACACCACAGGGAGGAGAAAGAGACUACUCUAUGCCCACUGCGGCACACAGAUUACUUCCGGGUGAGCAACCAGACGAGCGAUCGUUGCGUGCUCGAACUCGAAGUCCAACCAGUCAACUUGGAUCCAACCGUGAAUUGAAGAGACGCCGAAUGGGACCUCCUCGGUUCCCGAGUCGCAUGGACAUAGAGGAAGGGGAAGACACGGAGGAUUAUGACUCCAUGUUAGAUCAGUAUAGACAAGAGAAGCAGGAAGAGUGGGCGAGGAGGAAUACCCACAGGGGAGGAGGAGGCGCGAAUGGUGGCUCUGCAGCUGCUGUAAGAGGAUCUUCAGGAGGGGAUUCAAUCGCAGAGCGUGAGAUGUCACCACCCCCGAGAGAGGAAAUAUUUUUUCAAAAAUAUGUGCGUGAGAUGCACAAAGAGUGGGAGAAGUGGUAUGAGGAGAAGAAACAGAAAGAAGACACCGAAGGGGGAGGGGCAAAUGAGAAGGGAAAAGGCAAGGAGAAGGAGAAAGAUAACGAGAAAGAGAAGCCUAAGGAGAAAGAGGGAUCAGCCAGUGGAACUACGUCCAAGAAGGCCUCCAACUUGAAAGAGUGCAAGAGUAUCCUGGCACAAUGCAGGAUCAAAGAUGAAAGUGACGCAGAGACGGCCAUCGAGAUAUCCAGGGCUUUGGCUGAGGCACAUGUACAAUACAGGCUACGCUACAUGAAACCAGAGGAGAAAACUAAAGAAACGCAGGAUAUCUACAAAACGGUGCUAGGAUACUUACGCGAGAUGCAGUCGGGCAAAGUGCCCACUCUUGUCACGCCAAACAUGCAACAGAUGCCCCCCAAUCCAAUCAUGAACCCUCAAAUGUUUCCCCCAGGUGUCGUGAUGCCCCCUAAUAUGAUGCCACCAGGGUUCCAAAUGCCCCCAAAUGCACAAUAUGCCCCUAAUAUGAUGUACGGGAGCAUGCCGCACCCAACUCCGGUGAGUGGCGCUGGCGGGACGUACUCGUGGCCCGUGCCGACGGAUCCCAGAACUGGUAGACCCAUGCAGUCAGAUUGGACUAAUAUGUCGGCGAAUGGGCAGCAGAAAAACGAGGGCACGAAUCCUUUAAUGAUGAGUAAUAUUUCUAGUUCAGAUUCAAAGCAGCAACAGCAGCACUCAAAUGUGAUGCAACCGACACCAUAUGCGCAACAGGCAUCUUUCUAUCAAGGUCCUCCGCCUGUAAACCCAGCGCAACAGAGGACUAAUGCACCCGCAGUCGCGUCAUCAUAAUGAAAAAAAUAGCGAAGUUUUGAAUGCUCAACAUAAAUUGAUGUUCUGUGAUUUUGUUUUGUUCAAAAUAUUUAUUUUGUGA